ACCGCCCACUUCGCAGGGAUAUUGAAGGCGCGGGUCCUUGGCAGGAAAUGGCUCUGCGCCUAUCGCUCCGGCAGGGCCGCUCUUUCACCUCCAGCGGCGGACAAGCCAGCUCAGCAUUUCUGCACAGUAGAAGUAAUACUUUUAGUGCAAAACGAAGUAGUGAACCUACCAAGCAACCACUUAAGAAGCCAGUAACACCAGCAGGUCGUUUUGAUACACCAGAAGAAUCCAAUGUAGAAAAGGAAUUACUAGAAAAAUUUCCCAAUGAUAUCAAUCCAACAACAAAAGAAAAAGGUGGUCCCAGAGGCCCUGAACCAACUCGUUAUGGAGACUGGGAACGAAAAGGACGCUGCAUUGAUUUUUAACUUCUUCUUUUUUUGGGGGGGGGGAAUGACAUUUGAGUGAAAAUAAAACCAAAAAGGGAGGUGGGAGGGAAACCACUUUACCUACAUAAACCAAAAUCUUCGUAUUUAGCUGUAAC